ACUCGAGCGUCAGCACGCGCUGACCUUCGUUUUCUUGCAUCAGAGAAUUGAGAACUUUGACCAAGGAAAGCAUUGUAUUUCAUCGCUUUCAAAAGGCGUGUGCAAUGAGACAGAUCUACCGAUUGCUGCACUUCUUGGUCACAUUAAUCUUCUCAUUCCUGAUCAACUUUCGUUACUAUUUCAAGUUGACGAGACGAAAAGUUCGGGGAGUAUUUUACACAACUCCAGAGAGUGACAUUACAAAUGGAGUAGCGACUUUGGGCAACCUUCCUCGUCACCUGACGUUUAUCCUGACGGAAAAGGACCUGGAUUUGUGUAUUUUAGGAAAAUUGGUUGUGUGGGCUAUGAAAGCAGGGAUAACAUACAUUAGCGUACAAGCCACUGAGAGUGACUUAAAUGAAAGAAAAACAGAGUUUUAUCAUGAGGUCUAUCAAAUUAAAGAAGAGAUGUCCACUUGUGAUUAUGAACUACAUUUCAGAGAUAAAGAUCUUCCAUAUCAGAAUGGUGUUAAUGGCAUAGUCCACAAAAGUCGGCGAAAAGUACAUCUGAGUAUAUUAUCUUACCAUGAGGGUAAAGAAGAUAUUGUAAGAGCAGCGCAGGAGUUCUGUACAAGAGUCAAAAAUGAAGAAGCUCAGUCAAAAAUUAUGGACAUAGAACAUUUUUCUCAAUUACUAGAAGUUAAUAAAGAUUUUCCUGAUCCAGAUUUAGCAAUAGCCUUUGGCCAGACAGAUAGCCUUUGUGAUUACCCUCCCUGGCAGAUACGAUUAACAGAAUUUAUAUUUCUUCCCUCGCUCAAAGUUAUGGAUCAUACAUCAUUUCUACAGACACUACGCCGUUAUAGUAAAUGUGAACAGAGACUUGGCAGAUAGCAUUUGGCUGUAAUAGAAUGAAUUUUUCUGUUUGACUUUUAUACCAAUGCCAUGCAUGUAUUUAAAAAUGGGAUAUUUUUAAACGUCGUGAGUUAGCCAGCUUUAUAUAUCGAUGGGAUUGUAAAGAGUUAGGAAUUGACUGUACAGAAUGAAUAACUUUGGUUUAUCCAAGGACAGACCAAGGUUGCGUGGCAGUUUUCAAAUGGAGGAAAGUUCGUUGACUGAGACUGAGUUGAGAGUUAGGCAAGCAAGCAAGAGUUUGCAUUUACGAGAGUUUGCGAAACUCACGAAAACAAGAGUUUUAUUGGACUUAAUGGGUUAUUUAAACGGAUGAAACAAGGAAAAACUCUACUGUCUCUAUGUCUAGGCAAAAUUCGCGAACUUAUGUCAAUGAGUGCAUUACCUUUUCAAACACGAGCAAUAUUCUCGUUAACUCUCACAUCAACUUUCAUCGUCGUUUGACCAGGUUUUGCCUGGCGAAAGGCGACCAGUUUAAGACAUGCAAAUUGUGACUUAAAAAAGUAAAAAGAACUACCAAAGCCAGUAAAUUUUAUCUCCGCAAGACACGAAUUAUAAAAGAAAAAAUAAAACAACCGAACUGAAAUUACAAUUUUGUUUGAAGCGUCAAUUAAUCAUGGGACGACAUGUAACAAAG